CAAUUGUAGUUUACUAGAUCACGUGUGUAACGUCAAAACCUAACCUCAAACCCUUGUCCCCUUGUUAUGAUUCUGCAAAAAUUCGUGCAUGUUAUUACCCGCAAGAUCGCCAACCCAUUCCCAAUGUCGAAACGGCCGAUUUCCGAUUAUAACGAGUUCCAAAAGAUUAUCGGUCAGGCGCAAAAUAUUGUCGCUUUAACCGGAGCCGGCGUUUCUGCAGAGUCGGGAAUUCCGGUCUUUCGAGGGGCCGGAGGUUUAUGGCGUACUCACAGAGCCACAGAUUUAGCGACGCCAACCGCGUUCAAAGCCAACCCUGCCUUAGUUUGGGAGUUUUAUCACUAUCGUAGGGAAGUUGCCUUUAGUUGUCAGCCAAAUAAUGCACAUAAAGCCUUAGCCAAGUAUGAGAAAUUGUGCAAGGAACAGGGGCGUCAGUUUUGGGUUAUUACACAGAACGUGGAUGGUUUGCAUAAAAGAGCUGGGUCUGAAAAUAUUCUAGAGUUGCAUGGGUGUCUAGAGAAGGUUAUUUGUACGAAGUGUAGACACAUUGAUGUGAAUCGGGAGAGCCCCAUUUGUGAGGCGUUGCGUGGGAGAGGGGAUCCGGCUAAAGCAGAUGAGACUUUGCCUAUAAUUCCACUUAAUGAACUUCCAAAAUGUUCAAAAUGUAAGGGAUUAGUGAGGCCGUACAUUGUCUGGUUUGGGGAAAAUUUAGACCCUGAUGUUCUUGACAAAUCAAGAGACUUGGUGGAGACUUGUGAUUUAUGUCUUGUUAUUGGUACUUCGUCUGUUGUUUAUCCAGCUGCCAUGUUUGCACCCAUGGUGGCUGAGAGAGGAAAACCCGUUGCUGAAUUCAACUUAAAUGAAGAUCCUUUUGAUGACGGAUUUUGUUUCCAUUUCUCUGGUCCGUGUGGUACAACCCUUCCAAAGGCCCUUGGAGUCGACCUUCAGUGAUCAUUGAUAGCGAUAGGUGGUGACAGUGAUAAAAAUUGUAAUUAGGAAUUUUAUUACAUAUGGAAUAAAAUUUGAGAACAACAACAAAAUAAAUACAAUAAAAUGAGA